AUCAGAGACGUUGUUAUAUGGUGCGUUCCACGCAUAAAGUACUAGUGCCGUGCGGUCCAGCCUGCGCCGGUGGUGACGACGCUGCUGUGGCUGAGUAUGGACUCCGGGCCGGAGGAGCUGAUGCCGCGGCUGCUGCCGGUGGGUAACUGCGACCUCCCCGUGGACUACGACCCCACAGCUCCCCCUCGGACCCCGCAGGAGUACCUGAGACGAGUCCAGAUUGAAGCGGCACGGUGCCCGGAUGUAGUAAUUGCACAGAUCGAUCCUAAAAAAUUGAGAAAGAAGCAAACCGUCAGUAUAGCACUUUCAGGGUGCCAACCUGCUCCUGAAGGGUAUUCACCAAGUCUCCGAUGGCAACAACAGCAGGUGGCUCAGUUCUCUGCUGUACGACAGAGUCUCAACAAGCGCAGGAGCCACUGGAAAUCCCAACCCCUAGAUAGCAAUGUAACAAUGCCAAGCACAGAAGAUGAGGAGAGUUGGAAGAAGUUCUGUCUGGGUGAGCGGUUAUAUUCUGACCUGGCUGCUGCUCUGAAUGCUGAGAAUCAAAACCCAGGGAUUGAUUAUAUAAAGGUUGGCUUUCCACCGCUGCUGAGUAUUGUUAGCCGAAUGAGCCAGGCAACAGUUACGAGUGUACUGGAGUACCUUGUAAACUGGUUUGAAGAGCGAGACUUCACUCCGGAGCUGGGUCGGUGGCUAUAUGCGUUGCUUGCUUGUCUGGAAAAACCACUGCUGCCGGAGGCGCACUCCCUUAUCAGACAGCUGGCACGUAGGUGCUCACAGGUCAGAGCAGAGGUGGAUCACAAGGAAGAUGAGAGGGUAUCUGCGCUGAACUUGUUCAUCUGUCUGGUUGGCAGGUACUUUGAGCAACGAGAUUUGGCGGAUUCCAAUGAUCAUUUUUGAUGUAAAGGGACUGACUGCCUCCUUUUACCCUGCACACAGCAAUACCGGUCAAAUCAUAGUCUCCCUCAAUCAAGCGUUGCACCAACCCAUCUCCCUUUCUCUUCAAACCUUGACACUGGGGAGAGAAGUGGCAGCUUAAUGCUCCUCACUGCUUAAGCAGCCUGCAAGGCUUUGAAGGGUUAAUGAGUUUACCUAUUGCACGUGAACCUUCCCAGCCCAUGGCAGUAAAUAACAAUCUGAUUCCUGGUUCAGAUUCAGAAGUGAGUGUAUAUUUUAGGAUUUUAUUUUUUUUUCUCGCAUUUAUUGGCCAAAGUUGGAGAGAAUUAAGUGCCUAAAGGGUUUUGGGAACACUAUGUUCAUACUUCUAAACCCCCUAUUUUCUGCCAGCAGGACCUGCAUGGUAUCCCUGCUGGGGACUGUUGUAGUUGAAGCAGCCUGUAGCAUGGAAAACUGAAACUGCUAAUAUUUGGACACUUGUAUUGCUUGGUUUGUCUUACUGUAGUGUGCACUUGUGACUCUGCCUCUGCAAACCAAAUGUUACGGAAAGCUGAGAACUUUGCAUAUGUAAGGAAAACUAGAACUUGGGAUAAUUGAAAUAUAUAGAAUGUGUCAUUUACAGUCUUCCUUCCCCCUUUUAAGGAUAAUGUGCUUCCUACCCAAACUUUUUUUUUUUUUUUUUUUUCGGGUCUUUUAUCUUUGCUGUCAUACUUAGUCGUCACCUAUUUUCAAUGGUGACUUUUUCCUAUAGGCUAAAUUUAAAAAGUUUAGAACUGUUCUCAAAUGCUUUGGUUGCAGAGGUAAUUGCAGAUUUCAUGUUAUAUUUUAUCAAUGUGUAUGUUUUAUUGUCACUUUCUUUAUAUAAAGAUUUUUUUUUUUA